AUGAGAGAGGGUGGUCCCAGACCGCAGUUGUUUUCCAGCCCAUCUACACAUCCCAGCCCGUCUACACAUCCCAGCCCGUCUACACAUCCCAGCCCCCCAUCCACACAUCCCACCCCAUCUACACAUCCCAGCCCAUCUACACAUCCCAGCCCAUCUACACAUCCCAGCCCAUCUACACAUCCCAGCCCAUCUACACAUCCCACCCCAUCUACACAUCCCACCCCAUCUACACAUCCCACCCCAUCUACACAUCCCACCUUCCCUGUAAUAUGUGCCUUGUAACGUCUAGGUGCUUUAAAAGAGGUGCGGAGCAGAGGGGAGAACUUAUUCAGGUCUCCCUUCAAGCACCGCCCUCGCCCUUUCUAAGGAUUUUUAUUUUGUGCCUCCUUUAAUAUGUGAUGCAGUAAAAGAGGUUGGGUCAUUUCAUUUCUGACAAUAUCUCACAAUGUGUGUCCUAUAGUAAUAUGUCCCCUGUCUGGCUUUCACUUCAAUUAUUAUUAUCAAUAUGUAGUGUCAAAACAACUGCAUUAAUGUAAUCUGUAUGUUUUACACCCCUGCUUUAAAUAAA